AUGAAGAGCCGUCAACUGCCGUCAGACGAAUCCUCCGUGCGCCUGAAGGCACGGGGUCGCGUCAGUGAACAAACCUUUUUCAAGACGAGGGCGGGACUUGAGGUUUACGUCAAGCCGACCGAGGUCGGGUUGGAAUUACCUCAGCAGCAAGCUUUUCCAAACCCCACAAUCCAUCUAGCUCAAUUGCCUAAAAUGGACAUUCUGGACGGCGUGGGAGCCAACAUCGCUAAGCUAUUGUACUCGGGAAAUUUAUUGACCUCGGGUCGUCGGCUCUGA